CCUCCCCUUACCAAAGCGGAAGUGUCUCCAUAUUUAUAAUAAUUUUAUCGGAAUUCGUUCUAAUUUGCGUAUAGAAAUGUUACUAUCGUAAUUGCGGACUAGUGCACGGUUUCAGAAGAUAGUUCUAAGAGGCACACCAAGCACAAUGUCUGUGGGGGCAGGUGAGAAGAUCACCUUGACUGAUGCUCUACAGAACGUGGAUGUGCUGGACGAGCUCCACCUGCCAGACCAACAGCCAUGCAUCGAAGCCAUGCCGCAGUCUGUACACUACCGUGCAGACUUCGACACCAACUUCGAGGAAAAGAACGCCUACGUUACUGGUGUUGCCAAAUACAUUGAAGAGGCAACAGUUCAUGCUGAUCUGAACAAGCUGCUGGAGGAGGGGCAGGAGUAUGCCGCCAUGUUGUACACCUGGAGGUGCUGCUCCCGAGCACUGCCACAGGUAAAAAGCAAUGACCAGCAGAAUCGGACACAGAUUUACCAGAAGAUUGUGGAGGUUCUGGAGCCGCAGGUGUCUAGACUGACUGACUUCAUGCACUUCCAGAAAAGAGCCAUUGAAAGAUUUUCUGAUGAGGUUCGCCGUUUGUGCCACAAGGAAAAGAAGAAUGAUUUUGUGUCUGAAGCAUAUCUGCUGACACUUGGGAAGUUCAUUAACAUGUUUGCUGAACUGGACGAGCUUAAGAACAUGAAGGCUAGUGUGAAGAAUGACUACUCUGCAUACAGGAGAGCUGCCCAGUUCCUCAAGGUUAUGGCCGACCCAAAUGUUCUACAGGAGUCUCAGAACCUGUCCAUUAACCUGGCCACCCAGAACAAGAUCCGGUCCACAGUGAAGGAAAACUUGGCCCAGAUCCCCGGCCAUGAAGACCUGCUGGCAGACAUCGUCAACCUGUGUCUGCAGCUGUAUGAAGCUCAGAUGUUCCUGGAACCCAGUGAGAAGUACAUGCUGGUCAAGGUGAUGGCCUUUGGGCUGUUUCUGAUGAACUCCAAAGAAGGCAUCAACAUCUACAAGAUGGAUGCCAAGAAGAGAAUCAACAUCAGCAAAAUAGACAAGAUUCUGAAGCAACUGGAGGUUGUGCCACUGUAUGGAGAUAUGCAGAUAGCUCCAUUCCACUUCAUCAAGAAUGCUGCGGUGUUCGAGCCGUCGAAGUGGCCGUGUUGUGAGUCCAGCCAGCCCAGCCCACAGUCCAACCUGCUGGUCAACCUAGAGGCCAUCGAAGACCACAUGCAGUUCAUUAGCCAGCUGUCUCGUCACAGCAACGAGGCCAUCACUACCACUAGGGAGAAACCGCGGAAGGAUGCGGAGAACAAGGAACUGACAGACUUGGCGCUCCGCGGACUGCAGCUGCUAUCAGCCUGGACACAGCAGGUCAUGGAACUGUAUUCAUGGAAGCUGCUCAACCCGACUGAUCCUCGUCAGAAUCCUUUGUGCCCACAAGAUGCGGAAGAGUACGAGAGGUCUACUCGGUACAACUACAGCAAGGAUGAGAAAUUUGCCCUAAUUGAAGUGAUAGCCAUGAUCAAAGGGCUGCAACUCCUGAUGGCCAGGAUGGAGUCGGUGUUCAUGGAUGCCAUUCGGCGCCACAUCUAUACAGAGUUGCAGGACUUUGUACAGAUGGUACUCAGGGAGCCACUCAGGAAGUCCAUCAAGAAGAAGAAUGAUGUCAUCAAAGUGAUCAUCAUGUCUGUGAGAGACACGUGUGCUGAUUGGCUGAGAGGCGUGGAGCCCCAGGAAGAUCCCGCCUUGCGGGGAAAGAAGGACCCGGAGGAAGGAUUCCACAUCAAAGUCCCCAGGAGGAAUGUGGGGCCCUCCACCACACAGCUGUAUAUGGUACGAACCAUGCUGGAGUCACUGAUCGCAGACAAGAGUGGCGGCAAGAAGACGCUGAGGAAGGACAUCGACAUCCAGCACCUGCAGGCUAUUGACAACUUCCACAAGACUUCCUUCUUCUGGAACUAUGUUCUCAACUUCAACAAGUCCCUGUUCAACUGCUGCGAUCUGUCCCAACUGUGGUACCGAGAGUUCUUCCUGGAGCUGACCAUGGGCAAGAGAAUACAGUUCCCGAUUGAGAUGUCGAUGCCCUGGAUUCUCACCGAUCACAUCCUGGAGACCAAGGAACCAUCCAUGAUGGAUGUGAUUGAUGAUCCUGAUGAUGAUGAUGAUGAUGAUGAUGAUGAUGAUCCUGUGAUGAUGAUCCUGGGAGUUGUGUUUGUUGGCCAGGUGAAUCUGUGUUUUGACCAGUUUGUGUUCAAGCUGAGUGACCAGAUCUUCUCCUACUACAAGCAUCUAGCUGGAAGCAUUAUGCUGGACAAGCGGUUCCGAGCCGAGUGUGCCAGUCAAGGGGCCAAGAUAUUCUACCCUGUGGCUAACCGCUACUCAACGCUGCUCAAACAGAGACAUGUCCAGAUACUGGGUCGUUCAUUUGACUUGAACCGUCUAGUGAGUCAGCGACUGAAUGCAGCACUACAGAAGGCCCUGGAUGUUGCCAUCUCACGAUUCGAGUCCCAGGACAUCACUGGUGUUAUGGAACUAGAAGGUUUGAUAGAGGUCAACCGACUUUGUCACAAACUCCUGUCAGAACUGGUCGUACUCAACAACUUCGAUGCCAUGCUGAGCGAGGCCAACCAUAAUGUGUCAGCUCCUUAUGGGCGGAUAACUCUGCAUGUCUUCUGGGAACUCAACUAUGACUUCUUGCCAAACUAUUGUUACAACGCUGCCACAAACAGGUUUGUGAAGACGCGACUGCCAUUUGUGACCGAUGCCAAGCGAGACAAGCCACUCAACCCUUCCCAGUAUUACAUCUGGGGCACCAAGGUGUUGAAUACCUCCUACAACACCAUCUACAGCCUGUACUCCGGGUUCAUCGGUCCGCCACACUUCAGGGCAAUCUGCCGGCUCCUCGGCUACCAGGGCAUUGCAGUCGUCAUUGAAGAACUGCUCAAAACUGUCGAGGGCUUCCUGAAGGAGACGACGAUGGAGUAUGUGCGGACGUUGAUGCGAGUGAUGCCCGAGAGCUGCAAGCUGCUCAGAUAUGACUACGGAUCUCCAGGUGUGAUGGGGUACUACCAGGCCCAGCUGACAGACCUCAUUCAGUAUCCUGACUUGAGGACCGAGGUGUUCCAGAGCUUCAGGGAGAUGGGCAAUGCCAUUCUGUUCACUCUGCUGGUUGAACAGGCACUGACCCAGGAGGAAGUGUGCGACUUGAAGCAUGCAGCACCUUUCCAGAACAUCAUACCCAAACCGUUCAUCCAUGUCAAAGAAGCUGACAAUCGGAAGAAUCGUGAUGAGGACCUGAAACAAGCGAUGAAGCAGCUGGAGAAGAAGUAUGCGGCGCUGCAGAUCGUAUCAGUCAUCAAGAAACUGGGGAACCAGACGCAAGCUGACAUUGCUGCGGAGGGUGACCUGUUGACGCGAGAACGCCUCUGCUGUGGACUGUCCAUGUUCGAGGUCGUCCUCAACCGCAUCAAGUCCUUCCUCAACGAACCCCUGUGGCAUGGCAUGCCUCCUGUCAACGGCGUCAUGAACGUCGACAAGUGCACCGAAUUCCAUCGCCUCUGGUCAGCUGUACAGUUUGUGUUCUGUAUGCCUGUAGGAGAGAACGAAUUCACCGUGGAAGAGCUGUUUGGUGAGGGUCUGAACUGGGCUGGAUGUACGCUGAUCAUGUUGCUAGGGCAACAACGGAGGUUCGAGUGUCUGGACUUCUGUUAUCACAUACUGCGAGUCAACCGAGUCGACAUGAAGGAUGAAAAUGUCAAGGGCAUUCAACUGAAGAGAAUGGUAGAUCGCAUCCGCAAAUUCCAGAUCCUCAACAACCAAAUUUUCUCGGUUCUCAACAAAUACAUGAAGACAAGUGACACAGAGAGUAUGCCAGUGGAACAUGUUCGCUGCUUCCCACCACCAAUCCACCAGUCACUCGCAACAACCAUCUGAGUCACUGGAAUAUGGGGAGCCCAGUGGAUGAAACGUCAGCUCAUUACCACAUAGGGUUUGAUUCCCAGUGUCAGUGUUUUACAGCACAUUCUGGUGUUCCAGCAGUGAUAUAGCUGGACUGAGUCACUGGAAACAAGGGAGCCUUGUGGAUGAAGCGUUAGCUCAUCGGGUUUGAUUCCCAUUAUCAGUACAAUGUUUAUUUCACAGCCCAUUCUGGAGUUCCAGCUUUGAUAUAGCUGGACUGUUUCAGAAAGCAGCAUAUUUGUAACACCCCACCUACUCUAUUGCAUGGUAGAAACUUGGUAGUUUGUAUAUUCCCAAGUCUUUAAACCAACGACCCUUCCUAGUGUUGAUUAUUUGAUAAGUCUUGAUCCAAAUCUGUUUACCUGUUACACAGAAAUGUUGAAGUCACUUUCAGUAUGUACAAACUGACCAUAAACUGAGAGUCUGUAAAGAUAUGCUGAUGCAGCAGUUUGUUUAAUACAAGAUGUGGAACACCUGGAUUGUGUAGACAAUAUGCCAUAAAUGGUAAGUCAGUACAAGUGAUCCAAUUAAUGGCAAAAUCAUUAUUUACAUGCUUUACUAUGGUGGACAUUGCUUCAUACCAGAAUGGACCAACUGAAUAACUGAACAAUUUUCACUAGAAACUCUAUAUGAGCUUCUUUCCCAUGUUGGGAGUACUUGUGAUGAGCCAGGUAACCAUACUUUCUUCUUUAUAUAGUAUGCAGAGUGCCACAGAUCUAUACAGUCAGUCAGAAAUAUUUUACUUCCAUAAAUAAAUAUGGAGUUUUUAGUUCACUGCGAUGGGCUUUGAACUUUGAAACUAACACAACAUUUCAUGUAUACUAUAAAUUGAAUUAUGAAUGGAUAGGGUAUUGUUUUAUUUUUGUUACAAGCUUGUCCUUACGGACACAAUUGUGAAAUAUUUGUGUAAAAUAUAACACUUUUCCCCAUGUUUUGUACAUCUUACAUGAAAUCAAGGUUUUGAAUAUACUCAGCUCAGUAUCCACCCAGACACUGUCUAAAGCUGAUAGUAUCUUAUGCUUAUACUUAUUUUUCUUUUGCGUCUGUCACUAUGAGAUAUGAUGCUAUGGUGAUUGUAUUUGAGUUGGAUUUCCUGGUGAUUUUAGGUAAUAUUCAUUAAAUCAUGUUUCAAGGUCUCUGCAUUGAUGAUCAAGUUUGCGCUUGGUAGAUCUUCAUGUUGUAGACAACUUGCCAUUUACAAAUCUCCCGCUAUUUCAGAAGUUUAUUUUUAUUGCAUUGAUGUGCUUGAAUAACUGCAUUUCAUACCUUUAUUUGUGGCUUAUAGUUGUUUGAGACCAAUUAGAGAUCUGAUGUCACCAUUGACUUAAAUGUGCCAAUAUAUGAUAAGAAAUAGAACAGAAAACAUUAAUCAAUAUAUUGGGGAAGCUCCUCCAUAAGUUUGGUGUGUAUUUUGUUUACUUUGUAUACUUUAGAUGGACCAGUUUUGUAUGCAGAACAAGGGGAGAUUACUCUAAACAUCACUUGCAUCAUUUGAAUAUUACUUCCAAACGAACUAAGAGUGUUUGUUGGUCAUUCACAACCAUUAUAUAAUGUUAUUCAUUACACAUAUAAGUAAACUGUAGUCUUCUUCAAGUUUUGGGUAUUUUUUUCCCUUGUAUUUAUUCUUGAAAAUUAUUUACCUUGUUAAUCACUACUUCAUCGUUGCUUGAUUUUGCCAUGUUUGAUUGCCCUAUGCUUGUUAUCCGAACGUCAUAUUUCGCAGGUAGAGAUUUUUCAUUACAACAUCAUGAGACAUCAGAAGGAGUUUAUUUUAGCAUUUUCUAUUCUCAUCAUUUUACAAGUAAGCUUUCCAUAGAUCCUCCUUAUGCAAAUUACCUUCUUAAAUUUUUUAGAUCAGUCAUAAGACAAAGUCUCUGAUGUUUGUCCGGAAACAUAAUGUGUUAAUUCAUCUUAUUUAACCCACUUGAUACCAAUCAAACAAUCAAACACUUCAUUUACAUGUUUGAACAUACAAUUAGGUUUUCUUUGAGACAUAUAGGGUGAAUGAAUUUUUGGUACUUUAUAACUGUGAUGAAGUCAUGUUGUCAUCACGAGAGGCAAGUGCAAUCAAAUGUCAGAUACGGUUUUCUAUAAGUGCUUGGAUGAAAGAUGCCACUUACCUCAUUGAUGUUGAUUGUCUGUGAAUUUCCUAUGGGAAGUAAUUUCCUGUCUGUGUUUUACAUUGCCUGUGUCUUUUCAUACUAGAAAACAAUAUUAGCCUGCCUUACUACAUCCCUGUUGAAUGGGACCCUUGCAGAGUUGUGUCCCUUUGGUAUGUCUAGAUCUGCUAGUUUUGUUUGAAACCCAAAUUCUGGCUGGUCAGUCAGCAACAUAACUGUUCUUGUGGAUCUGACCAAGGUGAUAAGGGUCUAUUACCCUUUGAUGGUCCCUAUGAUUAGGCCCAAUGUUUCAAUAUAGUAACUACUAAAAGACUAUUUUCCUAAAAACUCAUUUUGUUAUUCUGUUCCUAUUUUUCUGAUAAUAUUCAUGAUAGGAAUUCAUAGCUCCAGCAUAGCUAUAAAAUAUGAUAAUGCAUGCAUUCUACAUUGUUCUACAUUCUUUUUAUUGCGAUAAGUUUGAAUAGACAUAGGCAGUUUUAGAUCAGUUAGUCUUCUAUGCAUAGUUGUGUGGUAGCUAGUAUCUGUGAUAAUUCAGACAUGUUGACUGGCUCAGGGUGGAACGGAAGCUUGGUUGUAGAUUCUUGUAGUGUUGCUGUGCUUGUCUCUGUAUUAUGUUGUGUCGCCUCUCACAGGAGCUUUAUUUGCUUUCAGAAACUAGAAACGAUUAUGCUGGAUAAAUAAGGAGAUUCUCUGUGAAUCUGAGGAUUCGAAUUUGAUCAUUGUCUGAUGUUGCCCAUUUCUCAAAACGAGGGUCACAUAGUUAUUGUGUUUGUGUAAUACGACAUGAUUUUCAUAUUAUAAUAACUAAGAGUAAUAUUUUUUCUGAAGAAUUCACAUGUUAUUUAUGCAUGGUCAGAUAUACAUGUGAAAGAUAUUUUGGUUUCUUUUUAGAAAUAUUCGGCUUUGUCCAUGACUGCAUUUAAACCACAUACACUUGACUUGUUUUUCUAAACAAGAUUAACCUAAUUGUAGGCCAUGGAAAUAUGACAUUGACCAUUAUGCAUGUUCCUUGUGGUCCCCGGGGAGGGUGGUGGGGUAGCCUAGUGGUUAAAGCAUCCGCUCGUCACACCAAAGACCUGGGUUUGAUUCCCCACAUGGGUACAAUGUGUGAGGCCCAUUUCUGGUGGUAAUGCUGGAAUAUUGCUAAAAGUGGCGUAAAACCAUACUCACUCACUCUCUUGGGUGAGCUUGCAGUUUGGUACUUGCUGUUUGGAAUACAGUAGUCCCCUGUUAUAUAUCUAUAGAUAACUAGGACAGGUUUAUCUAGGAUUUCUAAGAGGCUGGGGUCAAGCCGCAAGUCUGUGCCAAUGUUAGUAAGAAAAUCCCAAACUGGAAUUAUAGCAUUGCCUAUGUGAUGUCUUGGGUUAUGUAAGUCACUGAUAUCAAGACCCAUAAAGAAUAAGAGGCUUUAAUGGUUAGGUGUUCAUAAUAGAAUAAAAACAAAUUAUUAAUAUAAUGAUAAAAUAUUAUGUUUAAAAUGCUGAUUUCAACAAAAUAAUCAUUUUAGAAUAUUCCAAUUUUGUACAAAAUAAUAUCAUUUUCACAAUUUGCUUGCAAUCCUUGUAGUUUGGAAUCCAGAUAUAUUCCUGACUUGACUUCAGUACUUAUAUAGACCUGAAGCAUUGCUUAAUGUCACAGUGUGUACAUAUACAGAGCAAUCAAGGGUUUGUAUAUUGUAACUGGGGCCAUAGGUAGUGCACUAUUUUGAAGGCAUAUUGUUCUGUAGUAUCACCCAGGUAUCAAGUAAUAUGUUGGAUAAUGUUCUUUCAUGGGAACAAUUUCAAUAUUGUACAGUUCAUGAUCAAUAUUGUACAGUUCAUGAUGCUGUUUGUACAGUUUUGUUCUGAGUAGAAAUCAUCCCGUUUUCAGAAUAUCAACAUUUUGUAAAGCCUUUUUCCUACCAUUGAAUUUAUGCUCUAUAUCAUUGAAUAAACAUUUAACAAAU